CCUGACCAGCUUGCUGCAAAGUCCAUUCUUUCUCUCUCUCUCUCUCUCAACUUCUCCAUAGUGUGUCCGUCUCACCUCCCAAAUCCACAGGUCAGCUAUGCAUCUCGCUCCGCAGGACCAAAAGGUAGACAUUGUGUUACGAAACCAGGGCGCCACAGACUCCACUUUCAAAAUUUCGGAUGGCAGCCACAGCCCUGAAAAGACUGUCAUUGUUGAGCCUCGUACUGACAGUUUAGAAGAGGUACUGGAACGAAGGCCCGAAGGCAGUCUUAUCUACUCUAUCAAUGAUCGGCCACCCUGGUACCUCUGCAUUCUUCUGGGUUUCCAGCAUUACAUACUGGCAUUUGGGGGCAUCCUGGCAAUUCCUCUCAUCCUAGCCGAGCCAUUGUGCAUCAAGGAAAACAAUGCUGCCAAGAGCCAGCUCAUCUCCACCAUCUUCUUUGUCUCAGGCCUGUGCACUGUGCUGCAGACCACAAUCGGGACCAGAUUGCCAAUUCUGCAAGGGGGAACUUUUACUUUCAUCACCCCCACCUUGGCUAUCCUUGCCUUGCCCAAAUGGAGAUGCCCAGAAAUGAGUGCCACCACUUACCCUAAUGCCACAGAUUCUCCUGCCCUCCUCAUAGACAGCGAUGAGGUGUGGAAAGUCCGCAUCCGUGAGAUCCAGGGGGCCAUCCUAGUGGCCUCAAUCCUUCAACUUGUUCUGGGCCUGUCGGGUCUCGUGGGGCUGGUGCUGAGGUUCAUCGGGCCGCUGGCCAUUGCUCCCACUAUCAACCUCAUUGGACUUUCGCUCUUCAUCCAGUCCGGGCAAAAGUCAGGAGCUCACUGGGGAAUUGCUGCUCUAACUGUUUGCCUCAUUCUUCUAUUCUCCCAGUAUCUGAGCAAAGUCAACGUUCCUCUCAUUGCUUAUAAGGACAAGAAGUGGAAAGUAUUUCAGUACCCUCUCUUCAAACUCUUUUCUGCUUUAUUUGGAAUCUGUGGAGCCUGGCUUGUUUGCUUCUUACUGACAUAUUUCGAUGCCCUGCCCUCCUCCCCAAAUGAGUACGGCUACAUGGCCAGGACGGACAUCAAUCUCGAUGCAGUAACAAGCGCUGCAUGGUUCUAUGUGCCUUAUCCAGGACAGUGGGGUUUACCUACAGUGAGUUUAUCAUCUGUGCUGGGCAUGAUGGCUGGGGUGCUGGCCUCCACCAUGGAGUCCAUAGGAGACUAUUAUGCCUGUGCCCGUCUCUCUGGUGCACCUCCACCACCCACGCAUGCUAUAAACCGUGGCAUUGCAGUGGAAGGCAUUGGCUGCAUCUUAGCCGCCCUGUGGGGCAGUGGCAAUGGCACUACUUCCUACAGUCAGAAUAUCGCCGCUCUGGGAAUUACAAGGGUUGGAAGCAGAUUGGUACUUCAGACUGCCGGACUUCUUAUGAUUAUCUUCGGGCUCUUUGGUAAAUUCAGUGCGGUCUUUAUAACUAUUCCAGACCCGGUCAUUGGCGGAAUGUUCCUAGUCAUGUUUGGGAUGAUAGCAGCAGUGGGAAUCGCCAAUCUGCAGUAUGUGGACCUGAACUCUUCCAGGAAUCUCCUGAUUUUUGGCUUCUCAACCUUCAGUGGCCUUGUGCUUCCAACAUGGUUUCAUUCAAACCCAGACAUGAUCAAUACAGGCAUAAAAGAGCUGGAUCAGCUUAUUAUGAUCCUCUUCACCACUCACAUGUUCAUUGGUGGAUUCUUUGGGUUUGUUUUGGACAAUACAAUACCAGGAACAGAGGAAGAAAGAGGACUGAAGAGAUGGAGGAAGGUUCAUGAAGGGGCCCAAUCAUACUUCACUGAUCCUUCCAGCUACAAUCUGCCUUUCUGCACAAAUGUUGUUCAGAGGUUCAAACUGCUCCAGUACCUCCCAUUUCUCCCAUCACUUAAGUCACAGGAACAGACAACACACCUGUAGGACUGUAUUCCUUCCUGUGGUGAGACUUGGUUUUUCAUUGGCACAUUUCAGGCAGGAGGUGACCAUCAUUCAGGCCUUGCACCUUGGUGAGGCAGGGUGGGCAGAGCUCUUGAUUAGAAUAUCAAAAAAAUUGCUAUUGUAUUUUAUGUCAGUUUGCUCCAGUUACCACUGACAUUUUUAAACAGCUCCUUUUUGCUAAGUAAUGUACAUAAAGGUUCCUUAAAGAAUGUUUCAAUACAAAAGGGACUGUUUACAUGUCAGAAACUCCACUUGUCGCUAUUGCAUAAGCAGAACUCUACCCAUAAAAAAAAGUGUUUCCAUGACUUAGCCAACUUUAUUGCUCAUAUUUAAAAAUGGGGAUUUACUGAAUAAUUCAGUUUUAAGUAAUUACGGAACUCUCUGUGCAACUCUCUUAUUUGGGUGAUGAGUGGCCAAGUAUGUGGCAUCACAAAUAUUUUCUUGCAUACACUCAGGGCUGCACCUGUUUCGGUAGGGUAUAUACACUCACUGAGCACUUUAUUAGGAACACUAUGGUCCUAAUAAAGUGCCCGGCGUGGUCUUCUGCUGUUGUAGCCCAUCCGCCUCAAGAUUUGAUGUGUUGUGCAUUCUGAGAUGCUAUUCUGCUCACUACAAUUGUACAGAGCGGUUAUCUGAGUUACUGUAGACUUUGUCAGCUUGAACCAGUCUGGCCAUUCUCAGUUGACCUCUCUCAUCAACAAGGUGUUUCUGUCCGCAGAACUGCUGCUCACUGGAUUUUGUUUUUGGCACCAUUCUGAGUAAACUCUAGAGCAGGGGUCGGCAACCUAUGGCACGUGUGCCAGCACUGGCACGUGGAGGGGUAAUCACUGGCACGCCAGCAUUUUUAAAGACUAUGUGUGCCAAAAAUAAACACAAUCAUUUCCUUUCAAGUAGAAUUUUUAGAUCAAAGACAAGAAAA